AUGACAAUGUCAAUGAAGAAACAAGAGCAACAACAACUCUAUGGCGAAUAUAUUAAUCCAACAAUUGAUCAAUAUCCAGCUAAACAAGAAAAUCCUUUAGUGUUGAUGGCACAAGCAUGUAACAAUAUCGGGAAAGAAUUAUCGUCCUCCUCGACGAUGUUAGUCACUUCAAAACAACGAAAAUCAAAUUCAUCACCCGAAGUUAAGAAAUCAUUGAAACGAACCGCACCUUCGACUCCUUCACCUCCGGCGAAGAAAAUCUCCUUGCAGCAACCGUCGCUUCCAUCACAAAAUUCAGCUCCACCUCUAUCCUCAUCAACUUCAUCGUUGUUGCCGCCAACAAAUGCACAAUCAUUCUAUUUUCCCCCGUCACCUUUCAUGUUCGAUUCACUUCUUCUCCAUCAUUUAAGUAAAACUUUCACAGCUUCACCAUUCUUUCCAACACCGCCGUUCGGACACUCAUCAAGUUCGGCAUUUUCUCCUUCGUCGCAACGCUCUCCUUACUUCAUGGAUUCAAUCUUAACACCAUUGAAGCCUUCGCCACAGCUGCCAGCAUUCGUUUGCAAUUGGAUGGAAUCCAAUAAUCCCGAUGGAUUCUGUGGAAAACGGUUUGCCAACAAUCUCAGUCUGCUUGAACAUCUCUGUACAGCACAUACAUCGUUAUCGUCGUUUAAAUCUUCAUAUCCAACAUCUAUAUUUUCGUCGUAUUAUUCACCGACGUCAGUAGGAAAACUUUGA